GGUCCGACAAGGCAGACGAUGGAAUCCGGAAUUGCCGCAUUUGAUCCCAAUGACAUGAUUAUCUACUCACCGGAAGAGUCGGAAGAUGCAGGCGAACCUCCACCGGAACCAGAAGCUUCUGCAGCAGUGGCAGUACCGGAAGCUGUUGUUGCUUCGCAGGACAAGCAAGCUGAAGGUAUUUCGGCAAUCGAUUUGGCUGCGAUUUCCGGGGAAGAGAUUCAGCUAACAGUUGCAUCCGUUUCCGUCGGUACUGCUGCUGGACAGUUGCGGAAUCCAUUACAAGGGGCACAGUUCAAGUGCAAGUUUUGUCCGGCAUUUACCACCACGGCUGAAGAUUUUAUCAAACAUUUUAUUAUGCACUUUGGACGGAAUCGGAUAUCGUACAAGCAGAUGUCCCAGGAAGAGGCUCGCGCUUUGCCUAAUGCUUGUGAAAAGUUUGUUUGUGGGAUUUGUGCUCGGUGCUUCGAAGCGAGGGAUGACGUGAAAGAGCAUAUGAUCAAGGAUCAUGGGUUUAAGGAAGCUAAACCAAAGCAGCCUGUGGAAGCUCCUCCGCCGACGGUACCCACCGCUUCCGGGGUGAAACGGAAAUUGGAUGAUGAGUUUGUUGAUUCACAGAAGCUUGACCUGAGUGGAGCUAGCUCGUCCAGCUCGUCGGAUGAGGAAACUAAAGAGAACAAAGCUCCCUUGUCGGCGAAAGCCUCCGUAGCUGUAGUUCCUCAAUCCGCUGUGUCGGGAGCAUCCGUGACUGCGGCAGCGGUGGCAGGAACAGCAGUCGCUGUCGUUAGCCCUACUGCUCCGCCGCCAGUAGUCUGUGAUAGUGAAACACCAAAAUCUUCUGCGAAUCAACCGCCUGCAGCUGGAGGACAAUCUUCUGAUCCGGCAGGUAGUGCUGUUAUUGUUGCACCCAUAGUUCCAGUGCAAGCGUCAAAGUUGGCCGAUGGGGACGAUGCCGAAUUGGACGAAUUUCUUCAACCGAUGACGCUUAAAGCCUUGAAGCUAAAACUUUUGGCCGGACUGAAGCUGAAGUGUCCCCAGAAAGGUUGUGUGUACAAGUUCGAAACUCGAGCUAAGCGGGAUAUUCAUCUCAAGUGUCAUAACGUAGAACCGGUACUGAUUGGACCAGGUGGACCAGUGCCCGGCGGAGCUGGUGCCGGGAAGGAUGAGAAGAAGGACAACUUCAAAUGCUACCAGUGUGGAGUAGAGUUUCCUCGGUGGAGGGAAUGUUCCCAGCAUCUUUGGAAGCAGCAUAAAAUCGACGUGAAUAUGCUCAAGUGCCCGGUUUGCGAUGUACGGUUCGAGUUUGCCGUGAAAGUCUACCGGCACCUGCAGACGCAUCGUCCGGUGAAGGCCUACACGUGUCCGUCUUGCAGCAAAUCGUUUGCGACCCAUUCGCAGCUGUUGGUUCACGAAGCGCUUCAUAAGAAGCAACUGAUGCAACGUACCAAGCAGCAGAUUGCCGUGGCGAAAGAGGCCAGUGCUGGGGAAGAUGGAAAGGAGAGGGAUGCCGAUAACGAAGGCAAUGGAGACGAUGAUGAUGACGAGGAAGCGAAAGAGGCUGAUGGGAAACCGAAGGCGGAAAAGCUACCGUGGUAUGCCGAGAGGAAGUGCGAUAUCUGCGGUCACAUGUUUAGCACAUCAAAGAUCUUGUCCAAGCACAUCAAAACGGUACAUCAUAAGAUUAAGCCCUUCAUAUGUAGCGUUUGCGGAUACAAGUCGGCUCGGAAGGUUACCCUAACGAUUCACAUGCGUCAGCAUUCGGGUCAAAAACCUUUAGAGUGCAAGGAAUGUUCUUUCCGUACGGCGGAUCCCAGUGCUCUCAAAUACCACGAGAAGCGUCAUACCAAGGACAAAUGGUACGAGUGCAAGUUCUGCGGUCUUCUCACAAUCCAAGCCAGCGGCCUGAAGACCCACAUUCGUUUGAACCACCCGAAGGAGUACGAAUCGAUCAAGUGCGAUCUGUGCAAUUUCACCUCAAUUAACCCGGAACUGCUGGUCCGACACAAGAGCGACCACAAGGCCGGACUGAUCAAGAGUGAAGAUUCGCACGAUUCGGUCUCCUCGAAGCGGUCCAAAAACGCCCCGGAAAGCUCGUCCGAUUGUUUCCUUCCGAUCGAGAGCACCGACUCGGUGGUACACGAUGCUGGUGGGUUUACCAUUCCGGCAGUGAUCAACGCUCCGGUCGCCCACUCGGAGGAAACCCAGUUUCCCACUUGAUAGAAGGUUUGUGAACUUACACAAGGUUUACACUUGUAUGAAUACGAAUACAGAUUCUCCUACAUGUAUGUUAGCCUCUACAGCAAGCAAACACUAUACAGUAUAUAUUACGCGUGCAUAUGAAAGUCGACUGCUUCAAAAGCCGUUUUUAUUUAUUAGGAUGUUUUUAAACGCAACAUAUUACACCAUAUUGUAAUAUUGGCCGAGUAAAAAGUGUUUAACUUUCAAUAUCUUGUCAAAAGCGCUCGCUUGUAAGAUCAA